CGUAUAAUGCAUUCGAAUAUGACACGUGAGAGAAAUGAAAGAUAGUACUGUAAUAAUGAAGAGUGACGGAAGAGUCAAAGGAAAGAGGUAUUGAUUCGAUUCAAUUGCAUAUCUCAUCAUCUUGCAUCCGUUGAAGCAGAUCCGUAUUCUAGAAUGGGCGUGAAAACUGCAGGUUCAGCUUCAGCGACUCCAAGCUUAUGGUUGGCUCCAAACCCCAGCAAAAGAUGGGGCGAACUUUUCUUCCUUCUCUAUACCCCUUUCUGGCUCUCUCUUUCUCUCGGCAUUGUUGUUCCUUACAAGCUUUAUGAGAAUUUCACAGAAUUGGAAUAUUUACUUCUUGGGUUGAUCUCAGCAGUUCCUUCUUUCCUUAUUCCAAUGCUGCUCGUUGGUAAGGCUGAUAGAGGCAUCCCUUGGAAGGACCGUUAUUGGGUCAAGGCCAAUCUCUGGAUAAUAAUUUUCAGUUAUGUUGGAAAUUAUUUCUGGACUCAUUACUUUUUCACUGUUCUGGGUGCAUCUUACACCUUUCCAUCAUGGAAAAUGAACAAUGUAAGCCAAGGACCUAUUAUUUAUCUGUUAGUGAGAUCACAUACUCUUUUAUUGAUUUGCUCAAUUUGUUGGUGGCAGGUACCACACACAACAUUCCUGCUUACUCAUGUUUGUUUCCUCUUUUAUCAUGUUGCAUCGAACAUGACACUGCGUCGGUUACGACAUUUUCUGGCUGAUACGCCAGAAAAAAUUCGGUGGGCUGCCGAAGCUGCAUGGAUUCUCGCUCUUGCUUAUUUUAUAGCAUACCUGGAGACGUUGGCUAUUUCCAAUUUCCCUUAUUAUGAAUUUGUGGAUCGAGACUCUAUGUACAAAGUUGGAUCAUUGUUUUAUGCAAUCUACUUUAUCGUGAGUUUCCCCAUGUUUCUAAGGAUUGACGAAAAACCUGGCAAUAAAUGGGACUUGCCCAGAGUGGCUGUUGAUGCUUUGGGUGCUGCUAUGCUGGUCACAAUAAUACUUGAUUUGUGGCGCAUCUUUCUGGGUCCGAUUGUUCCUGUCUCGGAUGCAAAACAGUGUUCUCAAACAGGAUUACCUUGGUUCUCAGCACACGCCAAUCUUACAUGAGAAUUCCAUGAACAGAACUAAAAAAUUUGGAGCAAGUAUGAUUGUUAUGUGGAGAAUCUGCAGAAGAAACAAACUUGGUCUAUCCCUGUAUAAAUGCUUGCGGUGCCAAAUUUCUGAUCAGAUAAAUGUUGUGUUUGUAGUGCUUUUAUGCUGUGUCGGAAAGUAGCUAAGCUAACACAAACAAUUGUUCAACAUGUUAGAUCUCUCAUUUAUUAUCAGUAAAAUAGUUUAUGUACAAGAUAGUUAAAUUUUAUUUUUUGGUUUGUUAGUUUAGUUGUUCUCAUAAAAAUAAGAGUUGUGACUACACAAUUUUCAAGACAA